AUGGGCAGCUGGAACAGACCUGUAACAGCGGCAACUCAUCCUCUAUUCGGCCUGUUCCCACAGCCUUCCUCAGUACCCAUUCAAGCCUACCUCGGCAUUGGCGCACUCCUCGCCAUCCUUUUGGCGUUGAUAGCAUACAGAGACAUGCUCAAGCCAGGCUUACAAGCUGCAUCUCGACUCCAUUCAUAUACCCAUCCAGCAUCUGCAUCUUUGACACCUGUGAGACGAGCUCGCUCAGCUGCCGCCUCGGCCUCCUCCUCCUCCACCACCACAUCAGCACCGCCCACCAACCCCAAAUACAAGGGUCUUCGCAAUACUGGCAACACUUGCUUCUUCAACUCGACGCUGCAGUCUAUAUCCUCCUUGACACUCUUUCGCCGGUAUCUUUAUCUAUUAGUAGAGCAAGCCGAACGCUGGGAUACACCGACACCCGUCAUUGAUGCGCUGCUCGAGUUGGUAGAGGAGCUGGCAGCACCGGGCGACCGCAACUCAGCCAUCAACCCUACCCAACUCGUCAGGGCGCUACAAAACUUGCCUUCGUCCUCCAUCCGCAGUCUCGUCGGCGCCCACCAGCAACAGGAUGCACACGAGCUUUUUGCCCUACUCAACGAUGCUGUUGAUAGGGAAGCAAAAGCUAUUCAGUACGAAAGAUCCAACGCACUCGAAUCCGAGCAAGCAGGCCUUCGAGCUCUUAUGGCCCCAUCCUUACCAUGGAACGGACGUGGAGUGUAUGCACAAGUAAAAGGCAGUCUGCCGUUGAGUCAAUCAAACAAUCCGCUGCAGGCUCUUGCAAUCGCACAUGGCGCAGAAGAUGCAGAAUCGGUGAAUGCAAGGCAAGCAGCAAACGCCGACAAUACAUUCAUGAUCUCACCCUUUGAUGCCUUGCUGGCUCAACGCACCAUUUGUCUCGACUGCGGCUAUUGCGAAGCGAUACGACACUUUUCCACAUCAGAGAUCUCCUUGUCCGUACCGCCGAUCAACGUUGCAACCCACACGUCCGACAUCACCGGCACCUCCGCCUGUUCAUUGCAAGAAUGCCUCGAGCUAUGGUCUGAUCUGGAACAAGUUGACUGGAUCUGCUGGAAUUGUACUUUGCGGAGCACUUUGCUUUCUGUCAAGAGCGAUCUUGCCGUCAAGCGUCCAUCUCCAGCGACCACCAAGCAGAAUGGUCGUGCCGCGAAUGACGAUGCAAAUGGAUUAGCAGACGGCAAUUUGACGCCAGCAAAGAAGAAGCGCAUGGCCCAACUCAGAUCCAAAGAGACUAAGCUCACCCGCAUCAUCGAAUCUGGCCUGUCCGAGGAUGAGCUCAAGCAAGCUUCCGACGACCCUAGCUCACCAUGGCACAACAUUCUCACCAAUAUCCAACUCAAGAAGACGCUCAGUAGGCUAUCCACCAAGCAGAUCAUGAUCUCACGGCCACCGCGCAUCUUGGCGCUACAUUUGAAUCGAUCGUCGUAUGCUGCAGCAGCCUGGGCACCAGCCAAGAACAAUCGACAUGUGCUCUUUCCUGAGUAUCUCGAUCUCAGUCAUGUCACACUACAAGGAUCGAUCUCUUUGGAUGGGCGGCAGACGAUGAACUCAGCUAUCUUUCAACCAAGCACCGCAAAACAAGUAGAAGAUGGCAAAGCAGAAUCCGUCUACAAGUUGGCUGCGAUUGUAGUGCAUUACGGCUCGCACUCGUUUGGUCACUACAUUGCUUUCAAGCGUGUACCUGGUGCUCAAAGCCACUUUAAUCGUAUUGGCGAUGAGGGCCCAAGUGAUACCUGGUUGCGAAUCUCGGAUGACAGUGUUAGUCGAGUAAGCAUCCAGCAGGUCAAACAGGAGAAUCCUUACAUGCUCUUCUACGAGCUUCUACCGCCAAGUAGUGCGGAUGCGGCGCCACAACAUAAGCUUGAGCUACCCGGUGGAGCUGAUUAUGCUACUUUGCAGAAGGCUAUCGCUCGUGCAGUCGCUGUCAAUGGGGAUGCUGCUAAGAGUUUGGGUGGCGAGAGGCAAGCAGGAUAUGCAAUUUGUUCGAGCGCCAGUUCCGUGCCGAGCUCGUGGCGGGUGAGACCGAGAACGGUGCAUCGAUGGAGUACGCCAUCCUUUGGCUGA